AUGAAGCAUAAAGACGACUAUACCUAUGAAUUAAUUGACAAUGAAACUGAUGCUCUCAUCUGUGCUCGUUUGAUAUCUGAAGAAUUUAUUCAACAUAAUCCAAUAGCAGUUUUCGAUAAAAUUUCAGCUGACGAUUUUUUCCAUGAACGUUCAUGGCCAAUGAUGAUGGAUGUUUUCGAUGAAAGAUUAUCAUUUCUAGCUCGUCAUCGUCAUUCAAAUGAAAUUGUUGGUGCUAUAAUAGCUGGUGAUCUAUUUGUACAUAAUCAGAAUCAUCCAUAUGAUGAAUUUGGAAUACCAUCAACAAUACCUCAUCAUGAUUUACUCCAAGAUAUGGCCAAUCAAUUUAUUAAUUAUGAUUUUAAUCAACAAUUAGAACCUUAUUUUAUUUUACAUAUUGGUUUAGGUGCUACACGUGCUCAACAUUCACUAAAAGGUGUUGCUUGUCAAUUACGUCAACUUCUCUGUAAUUAUGCACGUGAUAUUAAACGAUUUCAAUAUGCAUUUGUUCAAGUGACAAAUCCAAUUACGAAACAUAUAUAUACAGAUAAAAUGGGCGCACAAGUCGUGCGGAUAAUCGAUCCGACUAGAUGGGCAUGGAGAAAGAAGAAUUAUCAAUUAUAUCCAUAUAAAGAUUAUAAGAAUGGAUCUAUUUACAAUGUUCUUCUAGAAUUGACAAAAAUCGACAAAUUAUAA